AUGUCUGCCCGCAGCGAUGAAGCGGCGCCGCCGCACGACGAUCCCAUCAGCCCGUCGUCGUUCGUGGAACACAUCCGCGAGCUUGGCGAGAAGCGUGACAGGGAGGACCAGGAGCGCAAUCGCUUGCUGGAGGAGCAGAUUCUGCAAGGUCGCGCUGAGCGUGCCGCCCGCCGUGCUGAACGCCAACGCUCGCUGUCGCCCGAGAAGGCCUCGCAGCUGAGCACGCCAGCCUCUGUCAAGAGCACCCCGCCGCGCAGCCUGCACCUGGACCUGUCGUCGCCGACCAUGGACGCGCACGACGACGCGCUGCAGCGCCUGACCGGCCCAGCGCCCGACCCGCACGGGGACGAAUCCUCAACGCCUGCAAAGACUUCUCCCACCACUCCCUACACGCCCACCCGGUCGAGCACGCGGUCGUGGCAGCAGCGCCGCCCGACUUCUGCUAGCAGACCGCUCAGCCAGAUCGCCGCCGAGAACAGCGCAUCGCGCUCGCCCGUCGAGACGUCCGAGCCCUUCGACCCCGCCGACGACACCGCCUCGAGGACACAGAUCGCACAAUCGCAGGGCUCAAAGGAUCCCUCGUGGUUCAAGCAAACCCCCGACCGCGGCAUUGGCUCGCGUGCAAACCGCCGCAGCCACGAAGACGAAGACGAAGACGCAGACGUUGCCUCGAUAUCAGACAAGCGGCAAUUGCCCGGCAUGUCGCACGACACGGCCGCUGAGCGCCCGGCAAGCCCGCCCGCCGAGAGUGUGCGCUCCAGCUCGCCGUCCAGAGCGAGCUCCGUGCGCGGCAGCGCCGUCUUCAGCAACAGAUUGUCUCGCGACACGUCAGUGUCCGGCUACAGUGCGUCCGACAUGAAAUCUCCGCUGCCUAUGCUAGAGUCGCAGAAGUUCCGUCCUCCCGCCUCUGAGCCGGACGACACUGAGCAGGCUUCGUCCGAGCGGAUCAUGGCCAUGUCGCCCUCGCAAGGACGAAUGUUGCCCGAGCGCACGCCGUCCCCGACCAAAGGCAUGGGGGGUUUCGUGCAGAGUGCAAUGAUGAGGCGUUCAGACAGCGUGAACAAGCGGUGGAGUGUGCAGACUCCCGGAACCCUCAGCAGACAAAACUCCACUGCCAGCGCUGGUGGUUUUGGCGCCGCGAGCACUCCGAAGCUGGACACGAGACCGCGGUCCCGCGGCCAGUCCACUGAGCGGCCAAGCUCAAGUCACAGCAACACCACCGAGAAAGGCGAAGUCGCUGAGGAGCCUUUCACAAAACCAGCCAAGGCCUUCCGCCACAACAGAGGAAAGUCCGUCAGCUCCAUCACGCAGCUUGGAGAGAACCGCUCAGGAGGGAGCUCGCCUGCGAGCCCUAACAAGCGAUGGAGCCGUAGCCCUACAAAGUCGAGCUGGCUCGAAAGUGCCUUGAGCACGAAGCCUGAUUCGCCAAAGCCGAGGCCGCAGCCCGAGCAGCCGAGUUGGAUGGCAGAGAUCAACAGGAUUAAGGCACAGAAAGCGAGCGUAGAUCUCUCCAGGCCUGAGAAAGCCGAUACAGAUCCACCAGCAACUCCAACUAGCCCUACAAAAUUCCCCAGUCGCGACGCUCUCCGCAGACCAGAAUCACGGGGAUCUGCACAGGGGCCCGUUGCGCAAUCACCCGAUUUGGGUCAGGGUCCGCCCGAGAAAAUUACCGACCGUGAACAACAUCCUGCUCCUGAAUCGGCCAGCCACAUAGCAUCUACGCCCAAAGGACAGCCAGACACCCUGUCAUCUCCUAAAAUGGAGACGGCGAAGGAAUCUGCUGCCAGCCCGACAUUGGGAAACCCUGCCGACAAGGCCGACAAGGCCGAGAAGCCGGCGGUUGGCCUCAAAUCGCCUGCUCUCCGCGGGGGUGACCCCCCUGCAUCCAAGCCAGAGGACCCCUCAAAGUCGGACUUCCGGUCCGCAUUGAAGCACCGUCAACGCCAGUCCGAGUCUGUCAGGCAGGGAGAGUUGGAGUUCCAGAAUGUGUUCGGCAAGCUCAGGAAGACGCAUACUGAGAAGUUUGUCGCACCGGACACGCUCAAAGACAAUAUCAGCCGAGGCAAGGAUGCCCUCAACGUUACCGGCGGUCCUGCUCCGCGCGUGAAGAAGGAUGAAUUCAGGGACAGCCUCGUCAAGCAGCGGCAAUCCAUCCAGAUGAAGGCGGAAGAAGGCGGGGGCUCGCACGUCAGAACGGGAUCUCUUGCGAAGCCUGCAGCACCGGUUGCAGAAGCUCUGGAGAUACGCAAGAGCCUUGGCCGCAACGGAAGCGUUUCAAAGUUUCCGACCUCGCCAGCUAAGGAGGUGCCGUCUCCCGCAGCAACGCCGGAGCCCAAGGAAUCGCCCGAAGCACAUGAAGCUGCCGAACAGACUGUCACCGAGAGCGAGUCCAAAACACCUGCUUCGCCCGCGGAAGAGGAGCCCCCAGCCAAACCUGCCUCGCCCGCUAAGGAGGAGCCUCCGGCCAAACCUGCUUCACCUACAAAGGAGGAGUCUCCGGUAAAGCCCACUUCACCUACCAAAGAAGAAGCUCCAGCCAAACCUGCUUCGCCUACAAAGGAGGAGCCCCCGGCCAAGCCUGCAUCUCCGGUCAAAGACGAGUCUCCGGCGAAACCUGCUUCGCCAGCAAAGGAAGCGCCUCCAGCCAACGAGGCCCUCGCGAAGUUGAAGGCCAUGCGUGAGAGGAAGCUCACCGAGUCUUCCAAGCCGGCCACGACUCCCAAAGAUGCUGACGCACCGACAAAGCCAACCAUCAAGGUCCCGGGAAAGCUGUCUGAUCGUUUCAACAACUUGCCCGACGCAUCGAAGCCUGCCGGAAUACCCGGGAGACCUGCCCUGAAGCCGGUGGGCAAGCUCGCUGAUCGCUUCCCCGGAGCAGGCGGCGCACCGAAGUCGCCAAAGUCACCGGACGUUGAAGCACCUUCGCCAUCUAAGCUGACCGGCAGGGCGCCUGGAAAGCUUGCAGACCGUUUCAAUGCCCCGGAACCCUCCAAGCCUGCCUCACCCCCCAAGCCUGCCUCACCCCCAAACGAUGAACCUGCAGGCAAGCUUUCAAGUAGAGCAUCCGGAAAACUAGCCGAUCGCUUCAACCCUGCUUUGGCUGCUAUGCUUGCUCGCGGGGGCUCUCCUGGCGGACCCGCUCCGGGUGCAAGGGACUCUGGUCCGGCUGCUGCGGCAAGCCCUGCGGUGGAACCGGAGGCAGGUUCUACGAAGGAACUCACCCAUAUGACGAAGGGCCGCGCGCGUGGGCCCAAGAGACGGGCACCUAAAACGACGGCUAAGACGGACGCCGCUCCGGAACCAGCUGCGGAGAUCGCCUCCCCAACGCCGGUCCGGAAAUCUUCAGUUGUUGCGAACGUUUCUCUCGUCAAGGACAAGGACGUCUUGCCGAGCUCGCCCACCAAGGUCGAAAAGCCUGAGGAAUCCGUGCCUGCUUCGCCUCCCGAGUCGAAGCCCAAGCCUGUCGCUCCCGCUAAGUCAGCUGAGGUUACGAGAAGGGUAUCGGCUAAGCUGGACAGCCCAUCGGAGCCUCCGGUUCCUGCUAAGAGUCCCGAGUUGUCGAGGCGUAUUUCUGCGAAGUUUGAGCAGCCGUCUACGCCGCCGUCGCCAGGUGUGAAGAGUCCAGACCUCGCAAAGAGAAUUUCUGCUAAGUUCGAGCAGCGGAAAUCUCCUCCACCUGAGCCGUCCACUCCCAAGCCGUUGGAGCUAUCCAAGAAGGCCUCCGGCAAAUUCGACUCGCACCAAUCCACGAUGGAACUAGACUUGUCGGGAGGAGCUAAGACUGAAUCCCCCAAGAAGGUGGAGCCUCCUACCGAAGAAGCCGCUCCAGCCACGGCCGCUUCUCCCACGAAGCCUCAGUCGCCAGUCAAGCCGGCAAGCCCUUCCAAAGAGGAGGCCGAGGUAAAGGCUCCUUCACCUAAGGCUCCUUCACCUAAGGCUGCUUCACCCAAGCCUGCCUCGCCCAAGCCUGCUUCGCCUAAGCCUGAGUCGCCUACUAAAGUUAGCAGCCCGUCCAAAGAAGAGGCCACGUCCAAGCCAGAGUCGCCAAUAAAGUCGGAGGGUCCGGCUAAGACGGAGGCCGGGGCCAAGUCGGACAUCGCGAAGAGAAUCGCCGCCCUCAAACAAGGGGGCGAUCAAGCUGCCCCCUCGCAGCCUGGUUCCACAAAGCCUCUCUUCUCUGGUGCAUCCCGUUUCAACAAGGAUGUCAAGUCUCCCACAAGCCCAUCCACAUCAAGCCCGAGCACUCCCACCGUUGAGUCGCCCAAGCCACAGAAACCCUUACCGCAGCCUCCUGCUGCUGAAGAAGCAAAGCCUCCGACUCCCGCUAAGGAUAAACCCGAGACUGUGAGCAACUCGGUCAAGGGUGUCGCCGCAAUGUGGGGGCGCCAGCCUGAACCUGUCUCAUCUCCUCCUAGAGUGAAGUCGCCCGUCAAGCUCCCCACGAGGAAGGAUGAGCAAGAGGCCAUGGAGAAUGCUGGUCUGGCAAAGCCAGAGUCCCCUAAGCCCGUCGGCCUUGGAAUUGCCUCUCUGAACGAUAACAAAGAGAACUUUGUUCCUACUCCGAGCGUCAGGAUUAGCAAGGAGCUUCCAGCGCCGCCGACCAAGACCCCUCUUUCCCCUCCAACGUCCGCCGGAACCCCUCCUCCCAAACCAGUGAAGAAAGACUCCAUCUCUUCAAUGCGCAAGGGCUCCCAAGAGUCUCCCAUUCCUCAGCAGUCUGAGGCUGGGCAACUCUUCGCCGAUUUCUUCGAUGACGCUCCAGUCACGUCGGGGAAACUGGAUGUUGAUGCGCACUCCGUCCUCACCAGCAGCCCGCUCAAUGCCGAGAGGGUCAAGACCUUGAAGCAUGAGAUCCAAGAGAUCUCCGGAGACGGCAAGCUGACGCCGAUUCCGCCACAGGAGGAGCACAUUCUCUUCGACAACUCGAUGUACCUCUGCAACCACGCGUUUGCAUCCUCGAAUGGUGCAAAGCACACUGAGGUGUACCUUUGGACUGGCUCCGCAGUGCCGGAGCCGGCGGUCGAAGAUGCCCAGCUGUUUGCCCGUAAGGCAGCGCGCGACGUGGGCGGCAAGCUCCUCAUUAUCCGACAAGGCAAGGAAUGCCCCAACUUCUUCCAAGCCGUUGGCGGAAUCCUUGUCACCAGAAAGGGAAGUCGUACCGACCAUUCUAAGCAGUACAUGCUUUGCGGCCGUCAGCAUCUGGGCCAUAUGGCCUUUGAUGAAAUCGAGCUAUCCAUCAACAGCCUUUGCUCAGGCUUCCCGUACCUCGUCUCAUCUCGGACCGGUCUUCUCUCCGGAAAGAUUUUCCUGUGGAAGGGCAAGGGCUGUACCGCUGAAGAGCUCGGAUGCGCCCGUCUCAUCGGCAUGGACCUUGGCCUGACGCCCGAAAUUGAGGAGGUCGAGGAGGGCAAGGAGCCUGCCUCGUUCCUUGAAGUGUUUCCUGCACCCGCCAACGGAAAGGAGAAGAAGGUGCCGCGGUCGGCGGACCACUGGCGACUGAAGGCCAAGCACGAAAAAUACGGCGUCCGAUUGUUCCGCGUUGACGAGAAGCCGUUGCAUACCGGCGGUAGCUUCCAGGUGAGCUCUUUAUGGCCCGUUUCUUUCGUGCGACGAGUUUCGCAGGCGAGCACCACAAGUACCCAAGGACCAUCCUCACCAACAGAAUCAUCUCCCCCGCAGAACAAUGCCGGUCCUGCCUCUAACGGAGCACCGAAGCCGAACAUGACGGCGGAAGUGGUGGAGAUUGCCCCGUUCAGCCAGGCGGAUCUCGAACCCGAGAACAUUUACGUUCUCGACGCCUUCUUCGAGAUUUACAUGUAA